AUGCAGAUUGCAACAACUCAAAGGGCGAUUGUGGUAGAGAAGACCGGAGGCCCAGAAGUUCUCGAAUACCGAACCGAUUAUCCCGUUCCCAAGCCCAAGUCUGGUCAUACCUUAGUCAGGAACACGAUCUCAAGUAUCAACUUUAUUGACACAUACUUCCGAACCGGGCUAUAUCCGUCUCCCAAGCCCGAAGUCCUAGGGCGCGAAGCCGUAGGGACUGUGGCAGCUCUUGGCCCCGAAACAGACAAGUAUGACCUCAAAAUCGGGGACAGAGUUAUAUGGCUUGCAAACGGAGGAUACGCCGAGUUCUCAUCGGUGCCAGCAGAGAAGACAAUCAAGAUUCCCGCGGGGCUACGUGAUGAGGACGUCUUGGCUAGCUUCAUGAGCGGAUUGACAGCUCUGGCUCUCACGCAAGAAACUUACACUGUCAAACCAGGCGACUGGGUAUUGCUGCAUGCAGCCGCCGGAGGAGUAGGGAUCCUGAUGGCACAAAUCCUUAAGGGUCUAGGCGCGACUGUCAUCGGAACAGCUGGCGGCCCGGACAAAGUCGAGCUGGUCAAGGCCCUCGGUGUCGACCAUGUUAUCGACUAUCGAAGCGAUCAAGGCACCCACUGGACCCAAGAUGUUCUUGAGCUUACCAAAGGAGCGGGGGUUGAUGUCGUGUAUGACUCCGUUGGUAAGGACACGUGGAAAGGCAGUCUCGAGGUUGUGAAAAGAAAGGGAACCGUCGUCUGGUUCGGGAAUUCAAGUGGUCCAAUCCCCCCAUUGCCGUUACAGCAGUUGUCUCCUAAAUGCGUGAAGAUUGCGCGCCCUACCUUGUUCGGUUAUAUCACAACUCGUGAAGAGUUUGAAUACUACUCCGGCCAAAUAUUUGACCUACUGCAAGCUGGAAAGCUAAAGGUUAAUAUCCACGGUAUCUAUGACCUGGAAGAGGCUCAGAAAGCACACAAGGAUCUAGAAAGUCGAAACACGAGGGGAAAGUUACUUCUAAGGCUCUAA